CGAAAAACCGACCUUCGGAAGACGCAGUUUGUGAAUUUGGACACAGGAAUUAUGUAUUCUAAUGGUACCGAAAGCUUGAUUAAACAAGCAAGUGAGGGUGUCAACAUUUCAGGGAGAUCCAGGAGUCUGAGUUGCAGAAGUUUUACAGUCGCUUAAUCAAGUUGCUCCAGGGGAAAGAGCAUGGUCACGAGACUAUUGAUUCCUUGCAAAGACUGCGUCUCAUCGUCUUUGCCACCAAAUACACCAGAACUUCCCCAAAUAGACCCUGUUUGAUGAAUGUUUUCUAGGUUGCCCCCUGAGCUUCACAAGAGCCUAUUAUCGCUUCUCUCUUCCCCUGUGGAGCAACUUCAAGUGCUGAGCUCAGCUGUUCUCAGAGAGACACUUCCCCUCGCUGCUCAGGCGGAGAACUACAACCAGGACGGAAACAGUCAACUGAACACUCACGCAGCUGCCGUGCUGCUUGCUCAGGCUCAAUCUGGAGAUGAUCUGUCAGCUCUCUGCACUCAGCUCCUCCGCGGUUUGGACAACAGACCCUCAGAAGGACCGACGACGCACUUGCUCCCGCACACCCUGCCGAUUGUCAACUCCAUCCUCACACACAGCCCGGAGAGCCUCACCGAAGAUAACGUAACCCUCCUUAGUAAAAAGCUUGUCGAUUGGCUGCGUUAUGCGAGUACCACGCAAGGGGGCGGAGCUUCCUCAGGAGGAUUCUUCACGGGGUCCAGGUCACGUCAGCCGCUGCCUAUUGCCGAGCUGGACGGGACGGUGUCGGGAGAUUUCUUCACGGUGCUGUGUGUUGGUCAAGGCUUCACCGAAGACCAGUGGAUGAACGUUUACUCUUUUUCCAUGCUCCGACAUUGGCUCCUCACAUUCCACUCUGUGCCCGGUGGCACCAUAGCAGACACUGCAAACAGAUUACAGCUAAGUCUCUCCCUCUCUCACUCAAUUUCUAAUGUUUGCUUUUAUAGCAACACGAAUGACAAUUGUUGCAGCAUGAGCAGAACUUGCUUCUUUGAGCUUGAACCCGUUACCAUGGCAACGGCGCAACUCGUACUGCGCGGUCAAUCGUCAUCACCUCCACUUGCGACCUGCUGUUUUGCAGACGAUCGGUCGGAGAUGGACGGCUCGGUGGUUUCCGUGGUUUCCGUCACGUCGUCGUCCAGCCGCCUGCUGCCUCCGAAGGAGCGCCUAAGAGAGAAGGCCUUCCAGUACUGCCAGCGCCUCGUCGAGCAGAGCGAUCGCAAGGCUCAGAAGAAGACAGAUGGCGAUCUGCAGAAAGCUUGUCUGGUGGAAGCCGUGUGUAUCCUGGACUCCGUGUGCGUCGAGGAUCCGUCUUUUGUCUACCGAGUGUUCCCGUGCAUCAAGGCGCUUUUUGGUCGUCUCAGCUCCGACUUGUCAUUCGCUAGAGUCCUGCUGCCUGUGGCGCAGUUCUAUCUCAAUCAUGGUGAAAUGGCCGCUGUGGACUGUGAUUGUGUAUGGAACCUAGUUUUGGGUCGGUUCCCUGCCGAGCUUUUCAACGACCCUUUCCUGGCACAUGAGCUUCUGCGCUUUCUACGACUAAACCUGGAGAACGUGCAACUCCGCGUUCCCCAGUACAUACGCCACUUCCCAAAUCUUCUCAAGUUUUUAGCGUGGGACAGCCCCGCAGUGAUUGAUGACUUUGUUGAUCUGCUGCCCUCUAUGGUGACGUCGGGUACUGCAUUGGAGCUGCUGCAUACUUUGCUGGAUCUCCCCUGUCUUUCUGCUACACUGCUCUUGCAACACAGAUCAAUGUGUUUGCCCAUUUCUGAUCCGGGAGGGCGCAACCUGGCAUCAGUGAACGCAUUCCGAAAUCCAUCGUUCCGAGGGCUUUUCCUCUUUCUGCUUCGAGGUGAAGCGGGCGCAGGUGACACAAUCGACCGACUGAGCACGCUCCUUGAGCUGUUAUCCGAGGCUGCCGAUUGGCCGAGAGUCGUACAGUGCGCCCAGACCGUCCCGAUUCUGCUGCACAUUUUUUUCAACGCAGUCGUCAAUGUUGCCGACAGGACCCUUUUAGGCCAAGUGCUUUUGGUGACGCUGGAGAGAAGCAGCCUCCUCCUCAACAGCCCUAAAUACAUCACGGAGAUACACAGAGUGUUCAGCCGUCAGCUGAUCAAUCUGUGCAAACUCCACCCCUCUUUGGUCAUUGACCAAUCCCACGAGCUGCUGGAGUUUGCCGGGGCCACCUCCAAUGUGUACAACAAACAAGAAGUCUACACACAUGUGGUUUUGGUGCUCGGGGAGUACCUUUCUGUGUCAUAUGACUCUCGCUGCUCCACGAAGCUCAUCACUUCCUGUUUUGAGACUUUGGAGGCAGUGCUUUUUGAAAUCACAUCAUCUGCCCCGCACCCAGGAACUGGCUGCCCCGCCCCUCGCGCCAUCACCACUCUAAUGAGCGCCCUCGCUAAACUGGCGUCCCGAUCACACGAUCUGAUACCCAGGGUGUCUCUGCUCCUUUCCAAGUUGAGAAACGUAUCCAGCGGAGGGUCCGUUUCCUGGUGCGAGGACGACGAGGACCUGGAUUCCGUAUUGACUCUCGGGGAGGAGCUGUGCGCUCUCCUGAAGAUGCCCGGCGUGGCUCAGAGCGUCCUAAACCCACCGGCGCACGUCACCGCGCCCCGGUGGCAUCAAGACACCAACGUGGCCAUGCCGCUCCAACUGCGAGCGCUCACCAGACUCACGCAGGCGCACGCGUCACAUGCUCAACACACACCGACUUCACCGUCACCCCACACAAGCACGUAAACAUUCACACUUGGACACUUUUUGCACUUUUUCUAAAUACAUCACUGAGUGGAGAAAUGAGAAGACAAAGCAAUCAAAAACGAUACUCCCCAUCAGUGUAAUAUAUUAUCUCUUUAUUCUUUGUUGCGACAUAUCAGAAAUAAAAAUUUACAAAAUAGAUCAUCUGAUUUGUGUAAAAAAAGAAACAGACAUAUCCUAAGUCUCCAGAAGCCAGUUAGAAAAUGGGUCAAGUGUUUGUAUGACAGCAUUUUCGAGGCGUACAGGAAAUGCAGACAUUGACUAGGAGAAAGUGCUUUGACAAAAACAUCAGAAAAGAAAAAUGCAAUUUAUGAUACAGUCGUCAUCAAUUCACUGUUAUUCGUAUUUUGUGACUCAUUACUUCUUCAAAUGCACAUUGUUACAAUUCAAUAGAAAUUUGCUUUCAGAAAUAGUUGGCACAUUAUGAGUGGAAAGGAUACCAAAGCGCAUCGAACUAAAUAUUUCUUUUGGUCUUAAAACUAUUUGACCAAAUAUUGGUCAUCUGAACAUCAUUAGAUGCUGUAACUGAGGUCCUGAAACAAAAUGACUGCGUGAUUACCAGCUAAGAUUAGGCUUUCGGAAAUAAAACAAGAUUAGUGA